AUGGUUAUUGACAACUUGUUCUCUGGAGAAAUUCCGGAUAUAUUUAGCAAUCUUAUGUGGCUACAUGAGCUAGACAUGGCAAACAACCGGUUAUCUGGUAGAAUUCCCAUGAGUAAAGCAACAUGCCAGCAAUUAGAGAUGCUUGUUCUAGCAAGGACAGCCCUCAAUGGCAGCAUUCCAAAGCAAAUUUUUGAGCUUCCCCAGCUAAAAUUUUUGCUGUUGGCAAAUAACAGUUUAAGUGGUUUUCUGCCCAACGAAUUUGGCCAUUUGAGACAGCUUGAAAUCAUGGACAUUUCUGGAAACGAGCUAUCUGGAAAUAUUCCCGCAAUAACCAAGAGAUACUCAAUUUUGCAACGUCUUAACAUUGCAAGAAACAGGAUAACUGGCUCGAUACCAAAGUCACUGGAAAAUCUAGCAGCACUGGAGAGCUUGAAUCUUUCUUCCAACAAUCUCUCUGGCCAAAUCCCAACAGAAUUGGAGAACCAUAAUGCUUUGCAGAUAAAGCUUAGAGUCACUACUUGUGUGACAAAAACAAAAACGAAUUCAGAUUUAGUGCUCAAAGUCAUUAUUCAAACCUCUUCUUUCAUUGUGCUUGUGUGUGCAUUGUGUUUAGUAUGUGCAGUGAUCACCAAAAAGAAGAGAAAGACAAUAAACAAUGAAAGUUCAUCAUCUGAACUGAAGGGUUUACCGCCAAGGCUAUCUUACUCCGAAAUCCAGCUUGCAACAAACGGGUUUCUCACAACAAAUUUGAUAAGGAGGGGAGCUUUUGGGUCUGUUUAUAGAGCUGUUUUCAGUACUGGUGAAAGUGGAAUCCACACCACAGUUGCAGUGAAGGUUCUUGACUUGACACAAAGCAAAGCUUCCAAGAGUUUUGAUGCAGAAUGUGAAGCUCUCAGAAACAUCCAGCAUCAGAACCUUGUUAAGGUCUUCACUUCUUGCUCCAGCAUUGAUCACACAGGAGCUGAAUUCAAGGCUUUAGCUAUGGAAUUCAUGUCUAUUGGUAACCUGGAUAAGUGGUUGUACCCAGAGGACGUUGAGUGUGGAUCAACACUGACCUUGACCCAGAGACUAAAUAUUGCCAUUGAUGUAGCUUCUGCAUUAGAUCACCUACAUCAUGAUUUUGACCCACCUGUAGUCCAUUGCGACUUGAAACCUGGAAAUGUGCUUUUAGAUGAAGAUAUGACUGCUCAUGUAGGAGAUUUUGGGUUAGCAAGGUUUCUCUCCCAUGAUUCAUCACAGAAUGGGAGUAGCACAAUUGGACUAAAAGGCUCAAUUGGUUAUAUUGCUCCAGGUAUGUUGUGGAUCUUACUUUAUGAAACUUAAAAAGAUUUAGUGAUUACAUUCACAGUUCAAACAAUGUUCUACUCUGCCUCACUUGCUAAAUUCGACCCCAAAGAACAAAUUAGUUAAAAAAAUUUUAAAAUUAACACCCUAUGUUUCUACAUUAUUUCCUCAAGCUUUUAUCAUUUCUGGUUGGAAAUACUUGAUCCUAUUAUCCUGAAAUACUGUUAUCAAGUAUGGCUUGGGUGGAUAGGCUUCAGCCUGUGGGGAUGUCUAUAGUUUUGGGAUACUGCUGCUUGAGAUAAUCAUUGCCAAGAAGCCCACAGAUGGGAUUUUCCAGGAAGGUUUAAGCAUAAACAAGUUCAUCUCCGAAGUGCAUGAGAGUAAAAUCUUGGAUAUUGCUGAUCCAAGGCUUUUCAAGGAUAAUGAAUCUUUUUCACAAAGCAGCAGUACUAAUUAUUCUUCUGGUGAAGAUAGCAGCAGCAAGAACAAAAACAACAUUGCUUUCAGAGUUGAAGAGUGUGUGGCUUCUAUGGUGAGAGUUGGACUAUCUUUGCUGCUGAUUCAUCAAAAGAACGUUUUACUAUGGAGAAGCCUUAUUGAAGUUGCAAGAGACUAAAAGAUGUUCUAGAGGAUGAAGCAUUGCACUAAAUCUAUUUUGUGUAUUUAUGUUUGUUUCCCAAGCUGUUUGAAGCUAUAAGGUCUUAUGAUUAGAACUGCAAAUUGAUAUGAGGAUCUCUUUAAUGGCCAGUUAAUUUGAUCAUAUGUCAAAUUUUAUCAAUUCUAUUUUCUUUAUCAAUCCCCCAUAUUAAGAAAGUUCAAAAAAAUUUUAUGCGAAUAUAUGCUAAAACGCGUGAAUGCAAGAAGAUAAUCGCUUAGGCCAUGUCAUAAGGGCAUCAUAUUCUUCAUUCAUAGGUGCAAAAAAACAGUGUGGGAAUUGGGCUGCAAUUUUAUAUGAGGUAGGUUAUGUGGUAUAGUAAUCAAGUUACCGUAGGUUGUUUGUUUGUACCAGAUAAGGAUGUAGUAUGAGAAGGUUCUGCUUGGGAAAUAUCUGGUGUAGAAGUGGCUGGUGGAGAAGGAUAGGCAUGCCGGGAACUAGUUUCUGCAGAAACUAGUGGAACUGAAGGUAAAGGUGAAGGUUUCAGUACAGGUAGAGUAGAAGAGGAUUGUGCAGUGGAAUUAGAAUGAGUAAAGGGCUGAAGAAUUGAUUGAGAACAAGAGUGCAAUAAAAAGGUAAGCCAAAGAGUAGGUGAGGGAGAAUUUGAGGGAGGAGCACUAGAUUGUGAGGUUGAAACUUGUGUUAAUGCAGAAAAAUCAUGUUGAUUAAACAAAACAUGCCUGGUAACAUAAAUUCUGUGAGAGUGAGGUUCAAGACAUCUGUAACCUUUUGAUUAGGGAGGGUAACCUAAAAAUACACAAGGAGAAGUGUGAGAUUGAAAUUUUUGGGUAUUAUAAGGCUUAAGAAGAGGAAAACAAGUACACCUAAAAACUUUCAAGUGUAAUAAAUCUGGUUUGGCCUUAAAGAGGAGCUCCCAAGGUAAAAGAUUAUGGAGUAAAGGAGUGGGUAGUCUGUUUAUGAGAUGCACAACAGUAGAAAUAGCAUAUGAACAAUAAGUGGUAGGUAAUUUUGAGUGAGAAAGCAUGGUCAAAGCACACACAACAAGAUGCUUAUGUUUCCUUUCAGCCACUCCAUUUCAUUGGGGUUUGUGAGGGCAAGAUAAUUGGUGAGUAAUACAAUGAUUAGAGAAAAAUUCAUUAAAGGCAUUAGAAGUGAAUUCACCCCCACAAUUCAGAUCUAAGAAUUUUGAUUAUAUGAUCAAGAAGAUUUUCAAUGGUGCCUGUAAAAUGUUUGGAAGUAAAUAGGAAAUCAGAUUUCAAUUUCAACAAGAAAAUUCAAGUAAACUUGGUGAAAUUAUCAACAAGUACA